AUGUUGAUGCGAGGAGAUCUUGAUCCGAAGUCAAUGCAAGCAUACACUGGUUCUCUGAACGAUGUUUUGAGGACAACUAUGCUCAACCAGGAGGUUAUGUUUAAAAAGCAGGUUCAUGAACUCCAUCAUCUAUAUGGGAUACAGAAGACACUGAUGCAGAACGUUGGCAGGAUGGAGUUUGGUAGAUACAAUUUCAGGAAGGCUAGUGCUGAGUCAACUCUGUUACCUUGCAGAAAUUCUACACGAGAUGAACCUAUGGACUUCUUAGAAGGGUACAAAGGUGUAUAUGAUAAGAUUCAGCCGAGGACUCCUGAUCUUAAACUUCCCUCGGAUCAAUGUGUAAGCUAUAUUGAUCCAGCAGAGUUGACGCUUUCCCUGAGCAUUCAAGAAGACAGUAGGAGAGAGGGAGGUACUAAGAGAACUUGGUUUGAUGUAGAAACUCAUUCCUGCUCACACCAAGUGAUUGAUUUAGAAGAAUCAAUUGAGAGGACAUCAAUCGAGGAUUUGGAACACUCACCCUCUUUCAGCAGUGCUACUCCAAUAAAAAACUUCGAGGCCAAGCACGAUUCUGAAGUUUCUGUCCUUUUUGAUCCUAUCAUCUCAAUUUGUGGGAAGGAAAAUCUAUUGUUUCAUGCUGCAGACAGUAACCUCCUUUCAGAUUUCAGUGAGAGGAAUCCUUUCAAUCAAGGACUAAAAAAGCGUUCUGGUGGUAUCCCAAUUAACAAUUUGUCCACCACGAGGCAACAUUUCAGUUCAUGUGAAGCAGGGCUUCUGGACCUCAACAAAAUUCAGCAUGAUGAUUCAUCUUGUGUGUCAAAUGAUCCUACAGUAGCCCAUCCUUCAACAGCAAGUUCAUCACAUGCUUUUCAUGGAUUAGUUGGCAAGGUAGAGGAAGGCACUCCUUGUUUCGGAACUGGGAAAAAGAAAAAUGAUAAUGACUCAAAUAUAGCUUCUGAAACGUUUCAAAAAGAAGAUUCUGGAGAUUUUGCUUCCACGAACUCCAAAAGAAAAAAUGAGAGAACAGAUUAUUGGGGUGGGAAUUCCAAAGUUGAUGUCUUGAGAAUAAGUGAAAUGGGCCAUGCAAGUUUGGAGGCUGCGUCUAGACCCAAGAUAGACCUCCGUGAAGCAGUUUGUUGUCACAGUAAUGACCCUGGUAAGGGACAUGACGGGUUCAUCAUGGGACUCCUAGACAGUCAAACUCGUUCAUGUGAAGCUGCUAAACAAGGAAACCAUGAGAACAACAAAGCAGAAGACCCUAUAUUUUCACAUUCUGAUCUUAGUCAAAAAAGAGAUCAAGAUGGACAUGGAAAUAUAUCUUCUGCUUCAUGUAAGCCGGGCUGCAUUGGUGAUAAUGAUUCCAGCAGCAUAAAGACUAUGCAAUCUGAGGUUGAGGACAGAAACUCAAAUCCCUUUUGUGUUGAUCAAUUUUCAGAAACACAUGUAGGGUAUCAAGUUUCAGAAACCUUAAUGGUUGAACAGGACCAAAGAUCUUCCAACAACAGUCAAUUAACACACAAAUGCCUCAACAAGGAAGGAGAAUUAGCUGAACUGGAUGUUUUGAUCAAAGAGGCAGCCGAAGCACUUGUUGGAAUCUCAUUGGAGAACUCAUCUGGUUAUCAAGAUUGUCCUUACAAAGUAGGGGUAUCAAAUAAGAUGGAAAUGAAGGAGAGUGAGCAACCACAGUAUUCUUCUGAUUCUUUUGAGUUAAUCACACUAAAGCUAACAGAAAGCAGCGCGGAUGAAUAUUGUGUGUCAUCAAAGCCUUCUGAAGUAGAUUACACGGAUAGAAAGGAUUUUGGUGUUAAGUUGAGAAGGGGAAGAAGAUUGAAAGAUUUUCAGAGGGACAUACUUCCUGGUCUGGCAUCUCUUUCCCGGCAAGAAAUUCGUGAAGAUAUAAACAUUAUGGAGGCAGUUUUAAGAUCAAGAGAGUACAAAAAAUUAAGAGCCAAGGCGGCUGAUGGUCAAAGCUGGUGUGCUCCUGUCAAAAACAAACGUUCACGACUAAACUAUGUUCCACGGAGGAAAAAAACUUUAUGA